UGUGUAUACGACUAUGCUCCGUACGCAUGGAGUGAAUACUAGUGAAUAUCAACGAAUACCUCGUCAGUGUUUUGACGUUUGACAAAAUCACGAUAAGCGCAGAUAAGCGGGUUGCCUAUGCGUGAUAUGUCGAGACGUUUAUGUCUUAAAAAAGUCGAUAUAAGAAAAAUUGUAAAACUCAGGGACAUCAUGGACUCAUUUCUGUCCUAUGGUAACAGGGAAAGUACGAGGAUAGUAUUAGAAGAGCGUUUAAAGGAGGCAGUCUGUUUCGGUGAUAUAGAGGCAGUUCAACAACUACUUAACAUAGGUGUUGAUGUUAAUGCACAAAAUUUUCAUAAUGGAUGGACCCCUUUACAUUGGGCAUGCAAAAAAGGUUAUUUAAAUAUAGCUGCUCUGCUUUUAAAGAAUGGAGCAGAUAAGAAUAUAAAGUCUGAAAAAGGAUUAACUCCAACAUCUACAUGUACCAAUCCACAGAUUCUGCAACUUCUGAGUGCAACUGAUUCUCAGUUGCUUUUAAAUGAUUCAACAACACAUAAUGUUGUACCAAAAUACUUGAAAAAUGAUUUUGUACAAGGAGUUGUAGAUUUGGGAAUUCAUACAGUAAACAAUAAUAGUUUAUACCCUGAUGAAUUAGUAUUAAAGAUUCGAAUCGUAGAUGCACCUGACCCAGAUUUCAUAGAAGUUGAAUUACCUCGAAGUGAGCUGACAUACCACGCAUUGGUUCAAAUAUGUUGCCAAGAAUUAAAUGUUGACCCCACUCAUAUUGUUAAACUAAGAAAACUACCCAAUACGAAAAUAAGAAAAGACAAGGAUAUUCAACGACUUCAGAAUUUUCAAGAAAUUGAAAUUGUUACUAACGCUAUUAACUCGUAUUCGCUAUUAAAUGGUAUUCCAAAUACCAUUCCGAUAGUGCCAGGAAAUGGAUACCAAAGUAUUUCUAAAAAAGAUCAAACUAUUUUAUAUUAA